AUGAGUGGAUGCACAAAGGGCAAUCGAGAAUGUGUAUACCCGGAUGUGCAGAAUUCGGCAAAGGGUGCAGGAAAUAAUUCCUCUAAAGUUGGACAUCCAAAGCCAUCAGAAAGCCCUGGUUCAUCCGAAGAUGAAUACGAGGACCAAGAAGUAGAACGUCUUGAGGUUAUCCAAGAUGAAGACGAGAUUGAAAGCCAAACCGAGCGACCGGAAAAUGGUUGGAAUACUAAUGCCGCCGCACCAAAUUCCCAUCCUACCAUGCGGACCAAAAGUUCUACACGGCAGAGCUCGGAAACCCCUUCAUUGAUACAAGAUAAAGGCUCUUCCCCGACGCCUUCAACAGAAGGCUCUAUUGGUUAUUCUUCAUUCGAUCAGGCGGGCGCUGGUUCUCAAUUCGAAGAAGAGACAUUCGCAAAUGACUUGGAAUCCGGCAAACUAAGGAGUAGCUGGUCGCAUUUGCCAGCUGAUCUACAGUUUUACUUAACAUAUUAUUGUCAGAAUAUAACCUUCAUGCAUUAUAGCUUGAGGUCCAACCAUGAGGGCUUUAUUCACACAUUGUUAUUGGACGUUGCCCUCCGGAGUGAACCACUUCUUUACGCAGUCGUGGGAUUCUCGGCUUUCCAAUAUGCUGUAGAGAAGCGAGAAGGAAAGAUCCAAGACUUUUUACAAUACUACAACAAGGCAGUAUCAUUACUUUUAAAGUCACUGAGGAAAGGUAUUCGGCAUACUACAGCGACGCUCUUGGCUAUUUUACAGCUGGCAACGAUCGAGGAAUAUCUUGGGGACUGGGCGAAUCUCUUAGGCCAUCAAAAGGCUGCAUACGAAAUCUUAAUAGAUCUAUAUACCCCACAAACGAUCUUUGAGACAGGUAUAGGCCACGCCCUUUUUGGCUGGUAUGCACGUUUCGACGUAAUGGCUGGAAUUAUGGGUGGUUUUGACGCCUCUAUCCCACGAGAAUGGUUUUCAUGUUCACAAGAGUAUUUCAAGAACCAAAUCGCCAUGCACCCGAACAGUUUAGUAUGGAGAAUAGAGCAUCAGAUUUCGGCAGUGCGUCUCAUAGGUAGAGACAUGUCGACGUUAUUUGCGAAGAAGGGAAAAGGGGAAAUAACCCACGAACAAUUUAUUGUUGAGAAUGCAGAGAUGACGCAGAGGAUGGAAGAUUUGAUCGACCCGACAUUAUUAGAUAGUCGAUUUUUGGUUAUGGACUUCUCACCAACGAAAAAACAAGCCAGAGGUCUUUUUGAUCCAUACAUACCGGCGAUGCAGGCACUGCCUGAUAUUGAACAUAUGAGCCAAUUAUCCACCGACUUUUGUCAGCUGUAUGAGGCCAUUCUGCACCAUCCGGAGAUACCCAAGGGAGCGGCGGUAGGUCUCCAAGGAGGUCUUGGUAUUGCUGCGUUUUUCUUACCAAAAGAUGAGGCACAUACUAUGUGGAUGCGCCGAAAGUUGGCAACAAUAGAGUCCCAGGGUUUCAUACAAACCUUUGCAUUCAGGAGCAAAAUGGCUGAGCUUUUUCGAGAUAAUUCUUGCAUGCACUGGUGGCUACCAAAUGACGAAAUGUAUCAUCCAAUCAUUCGCUCAAUACGAAAAUUCGUCGAGGACAGAACGUCAUUGCCAAAGAACUCCGAGAGUAAAGAUGUCCAGGACAUGAAAGCUGUGUUUUCUGCUAUGGAUGUUAGUGACCAGAGUGAUAGCUCACCCCAAAUGACUAGCAAGGGCAAAUCGAUAGCAACGGAAGUGGAUGUAGCUAGCAACUCGGGGUGGUCACCUGCACAAACAAGUAUGGGUUACAGUCAAGACGAAUAUGGAGGCAGCUCUACGAACGAACAAUCUACCUGGGAAGAUCAUGCUGGAGCUGCCGAGUCCGCGUCACGGAAUCCCAAAACCAGUGUGACUAGACUCCUCGAGAGGUUUUCGGAGCAGAGUUCUAUCUUCCAUGAGGUGGAAGGAUGGUCAGAGGAUGCUACGAGGAAACAACCAUUUUAUGCCAUAUAA